AUGCUCUACCGUCUGCUCCUAGCCAGCUCAAUCGUUGUCCCGUGGGGCACUGCGUUCGCCGCCGACCCAUGCGCGACUUUCGAUAUCUACAAGAGGAGAGCCCUCUCUGCAACUCAGAUGGGUGCGGUACCGGCGGCAAUAGCCGAUGAAUGCUUGAACUCGAUUCCUGUCGACAAGGAGGAGGAUCAGGCGUUGAUCGAUGAAUACAAGCUCUGGCUUGACUGGCAGACCAAUCUAGCCUGGCAUAAAAACCCGCCCGAAGGCUUCGCCGACAAAAGUGUGGACGUUAUCGGAGACCUCGAUUCCAUCAAGGACGCUCUCUCCAAUGACCAGUACAAUUCCUCAUAUGAGUUGAUGGGUGAUGUUCGAGCUGCUGUCGUCAAGGCGCACGACUAUCACUUCCAAUUGCGUCCUCUGAUUCGCAGUCUGGUUGAUUCCUGGAAGCGGGGUGAAAUAGUUGGAGAGGCUUUUGCAAUGGCUUCUGUAUCAAAGGAUGGCAAAGAGUUGCCUAAGCUCUACGACUAUCAUGACAUCUUGCGGUCCGACGGUGCUGACUGGAGCCCGUCCCCUAUUUCGAAGAUCAACAACCAAACAGCAGAAGAGUAUGCAGAAGCCUUCGCCGAAACCUACGAGUAUCAUGACGCCGACGCACGCUACAACCAGCUGUUUCCGAGUCAGGCAAGACGUGCUAACAGCAAAGAGGACCAGGAUUACGUGCCCUUCGGUCGGAAUGAGAAUCCUGACGGAGCGUACACUACGAUUGAGCACGAAAACGGAACAACUCGCCAGAUGAUGAACUAUGCGCUAGUAGGAGAAGUAUGGACGGGUGUACAAAGUACAGACGAUUUAGCGGCACUUCUGAACCGUACUUUUGUCAUUCCCUCCACUACUACGCAGCAAACCAACAAUAAGGCACGACAAGCCGUAGCGAGUGCAAGCCCCAGUCCACUAGGAUAUCCUGAGCCCCUAGCUUGGAAUGACUUAGGCGGUGGAUUCUUUCUCUCGGGCCAGGGCUACGAAGACGUUGCUGUCCUCAGUGCAACGACCUUCCAAUGCACCACCUCUGACUCCUGUGGGAUCGAAUGGCAAGAUGGUGUUGGACGCUUUCUACAACAAGCCAAACAGGCAGGCAAGAACAAGCUCGUCAUUGACCUCCGAGGCAACCAGGGCGGUCUUAUCAAUCUGGGCUAUGAUCUCUUCCAACAGCUUCUCCCGUCACUAUAUCCCUACGGCGCGACGACCCUUCACGCUCACGAGGCGCUCGACCUAGCUGGGAAGGCAGUGACCAAAGCUCUUUCAAACUACACCUACGAGCAGGCCGUCCAAGCUGGUCCCAACAGUGCCCUUUCACAGGCCUGGGGGUCCUUAUUCAACUACAAAGUUCCGAUGACGAUUGAGGCCAAGCCCUUCAAUUCUUGGGAGGAAUACUUUGGCCCCACACUUCAAGACGGCUCCAACUUAACAACCCCCCAACGCCGGAACUUGACCAAUGCCUUUGCGGAUCUAGAGCCUGCGCGAGGAGGUAUGGAUAUCACGGGAUAUGGCAGUCGAGUCAACAAACUUAACAAGACGCAACCCUUCGAGGCGAAAGACAUUGUCCUGCUCACAGACGGAAGCUGCGGCUCCACCUGCUCCAUCUUCUCAGAAUUGAUGAAGACACAGGGACGCGUACAGCAAGUUGCCAUCGGCGGGCGGCCCAACACUGGACCCAUGCAGGGCGUAGGCGGCACCAAAGGCGCGCAGGUCUACGCCAUCACCGUAAUCCGCAGUUUACUCUCGUUGGUCGUGCAAGCAGAUCCGACCCUCAACCAGACAGUAGUUGGCGCGAUGUUAAAUGCCACGAGGCCCUUCGAGAGGGGUGCAAGCUCAGAAGGAGUGCAUGGUGCACAGACUCGCAUCAACCUCCGCGACAUGUAUCGAAUCAACGAUACCUCCCUCACGCCCCUCGAAUUCGUCUACGAAGCCGCAGACUGCCGCCUCUUCUAUACUGCCGAGAUGGUCCGCAACGUCACCGCUGUGUGGCAGAAGACAGUGGACGCACACUGGGGCGAUGCGAACAAGACAUGUGUGGAGGGCAGUGUGGGUCACAAAUCGUCGUUGUCAGGUGGUGUUUUCGACAACAAGCCUUCGAACACAAACACGAACCCGAACCAGCCCCCGGUUCCGUCGGAGUCGAAGACAGGCGCUGCAGGAAGGAUGGGAACGAGAAGGGCUGUCGUGGUUUUGGUCGUGAACCUCGUCGCGAUGGCGCUGCUCGUGUAA